AUGUAUAUUGAUGAUCCUUCCAUCGUCGCUCCUUCAAACUCCCACACGAAACGCCGCCUCCGGAAACACAUGAAGAAAGGCGGCGGCGGCGGCUUCCGCCACCACCUCGUCGCCGCGUUCACCGGCUUCGUCUACCGGCGCUCUGUCCUCGCCCUUAUGCCCCCUUGCGUCCUCUUCCUCACCUUCCUCACUCUCUCCUCCUCUUCCUCUGAUACGACGACACUCGCCGGAAUCCUCCGUCCCUUUUCUUCCGAUGGCCUCCCCGCCGCCGGGAUCGACAACCGGAGCCGCAUCGCGAUCUGCCUCGUGGGCGGCUCCCGGCGGUUCGAGCUCACGGGGCCGUCGUUGGUGCGGCACCUGCUGGGGGAGUACCGGCAGGCGGAUGUCUUCCUCCACAGCCCGCUCGAUGGGGACGCGUACAAGCUGUCGCUGCUCAAGGCCGUCGCCCCGAGGAUCUCCGCCGCCCGGAUCUUCUCCCCGCGGCCGAUGCCGGUGACCGAGGCGCACAAGCGGGUGCUCACCGCCACCGGCUCGCCUAAUGGAAUUCAGGGUCUGUUGCAGUACUUCAACCUAGUGGAGGGCUGCCUGCGGAUGAUCAAGGAGCACGAAUCUCGGCGCAACUUCUCCUACGACUGGAUCGUCCGCACCCGCCUGGACGGUUACUGGUCGGCCCCGCUUCGUUCGGAGGCCUUCCGCCGCGGGGCCUACGUGGUCCCCGCUGGGUCUCGCUACGGCGGCCUCAACGACCGCCUCGGCGUCGGCGACCGCACCACCUCCGAGGUCGCCCUCUCCCGCGUCUCCCUCCUGCCGCGCCUCGACCGCGCCGGACUACGGCUGCUCAACUCUGAGUCCGCCUUCCGCGCGCAGCUGGCGUGGUCGCGGGUGGCGUGGCGCGAGGUCCGCGCGCCAUUCUGCGUGGUGAGCGACCGCCGGUACAGAUUCCCGCCGGGGGCGAACGGGGUGCCAGUGGCGGCGAUGGGGAGCCCCGGCCCGCUGAGCGGGGCCAAGUGCCGGCCGUGCGAGCCGGCAUGCGCCGGGAGCUGCGCCGUGAAGGCGGCGAAGGUGCUCGACCCGAGGUGGAGCGGGACGGAGUGGCGCGACGACAGCUUGCGGCUGUGCGACGCCAGCCGCGGGUGGGCGGAGGGGUGGGAGCGCGUCUUCGACCGGGUGGCGGGGCCGGAAGCCGCGGCGGAGAGGAGGAGGGUGGCGAGAUUGGACGUAGUGAACUGCGCCAAGGCUUUUAAGGCGAUGAGGGAGAAGGCGGCGAGGUGGGAGUCGCCGCCGGCCGAGGAGAUAUGCCGACUGGGGCUUGUGCGACGGCCAGCAAACUCCACCACAAAGUUUGUAUAG